UUUCAUGUAGGCAUGUCAAAAAAAUGAAACCGAAAUUAGAACCGAACCAAACCUAAAACACAUAAUCUAUGCGAUUCAAACCAGAAUAUAUCUGAAAUGAUCAUGCAUGGUGGUAUAAAAUAUAUCUGAACCAAUAUAUUAUUAAAUGAAUCCAAAUAGAUAACCUGAAAAUCUGAUUAACCUAGAAAAAUCUAAAAAAUUUGAAAAACGAUACUAGGAUUUGAAUUAGUAUCAAAACAAGUAUAUAAAAACCUAAAAAUGUAAAAUUACUCAUUUCUGUUUAUUUUAACAUAAUAUCUCAAGUACCUAAACCCAAAGUAUUAGUAACCAAAUAUGAUAUAAAUUUGAAUUCAAAAUGUUAUAGACUGAGUUAUAAAAUAUAAAAAUAAUAUUGAACCCAAGUAUUAUUAACCUAGAAUGGGCUUUUAUUAUAAGCUCAUAUUAAUAUUAUUUGUAUUAGUAAGCCCACACUUAUGGGUCGGUCAAUGAUCAAAGCAGAUACCCCCAUCUCUCUCUCCCUUCACUCACUCACUCCUCUUCGCUCGUGUUUGUAGUUCCGCAUAAACCCUACCUUGUUCGACUCGAGUCGAUAACAUGGAUCAACAGUCCGAACCAGUUACUUACGUCUGCGGAGAUUGUGGACAGAAGAACACUUUGAAGUCUGGGGAUGUGAUUCAGUGCCGAGAGCGUGGUUACCGUAUUCUUUACAAGAAGCGUACCCGUAGAGUUGUUCAAUACGAAGCUCGCUGAGAACCACAGCCCUGAACGAUGAUGAUAUGAAGUCUGUUUAAGAUGGCAUAUAGACUUGUCCUGCCUCUGUUUGUAAUUUAACUUGACUUAAAAUCUGUUUUUGUUUUUGUUUCUGUUAAGUUUAUCUUUAUCCCUAAAACCCCAAAUGAGGUUCUUAAUGAUUUUUUAGUAAUAAAUGUAACUUUAAGAACCUUUGUUAAGAAACUUCCAUUUUGAGUAGUCCAAUGGGAGUUUCUUAAUUGAGGAUUCUUAGAAAAAAAAAAUUUACAUCU